UCUCGUCGUCAUUAAUCCACAUCACCAAUCCCAGUUGUCUGAGCGGGAUGAGCUCACGUGCAGCUGGAUCGCAAUGAAACUGACGCGAGACGGCGGGAAAUUUGAAAGCUACCGGCAGCUUUAAAAUUCCGCGGAGAAGGAAGAACGUUAUGCCGUAGCUGAGGCUCUGGGAGCGGGGCGAACCCAGGCUCUUUCAAAUUGUUGUGUUACAAGUGAGGAAGUCUGUAAGCAUGGGCGGCAGAUCAAGCAGGUUGCAAGGGGAUGAACUUAUUGAACUGGUGGAAAGCACGGGCCUGAACCAGAGCAUUCUCCGGCGAUGGCAUAGAGAGUUCCUGACCGAUUUCCCCCGUGGCUUCUUUACCAGAGAGGAACUGAAAACAGUUUUCGCUAGUAUGUUCCCUUCAGGGCAUCCCGAGACAUUCCUUGACUAUGUCUUCAACGCCAUGGACAAGAGACGCAUCGGCUACGUGACAUUUCGCGACUUCGUGAAAACCAUAUCGGUGUCCGUAUCCGGUAGCCCAGACGAGAAGCUUAACUGGGCGUUUGACGUGUUCGACCAAAAGGGAGACGGCGUCCUAACCCUCGACGAGCUGAUCAACGUUGUCGAGGCCCUCUGGAACCUGCAUGGGGAAUCGCUCGUCAUAGAGGAGACAAAGCUGCAGCUUAUACGCAGUCGGACAAAGACCAUGUUCCGUCGCCUAGACAUAAAGCGUGAUGGCAAGAUCAGCCGCGAGGACUUCCGGCAAGUGUUCAAGAACGACCGUUGGAUCAUGAAGAAUGUGCUGCAGGUUUAUUCACGAUCUUUGGGUGCUUUCUCGAGAAUUGUCGACGAAAACCCAAAUAAAGAGUUUCUCUAG